CAACCUCAUUACCAAGAAGACUUUCUCCCACAACCAGAAGGGCCAUCGGAGCUGGAGUUACCCAUGGCGGCCUUCACGGGCCAUUCUGCAUAGCCAUGCUACACUCCACAGCCAGUUCCAAACUAUGAAUUGAGGCUUCACGUGGAGCAUUUUGCUCGGGACACUGAGAGAUGCAAUCGCAAGAUGGACCUCCUUUUCUCAUCUUUUGCUCCUCCUAACUCUUCAUCCCUCCGUGAAUCGGAGGAGACUGUUUUGCACUCAUCAAAGCAGCCAGAGCGGGUUGAGCAAGUUUGUGCACAACUUGCUCAAGAUCACCCGUCUGCUACCAUAAUAGAAGAGGAGGAGGAAGAAGAAGCCUACAAGGACAUUGUGGAGCACACUGAAGUUGUCAUGGAGAGCCCCCGUGAUGAUCAUGAUCAGGAAUGUCCUGUCGUGGCCGACCACAACUUCUCACAUCCCAAACUGAGCUUUGAAGAGGCGGGCAUGAGUGAGGAGAUGCAAGAAGAUCUCAUGAAAGAAAUUGCUUGGCAACUUUCUCUCCAAUCCGUGCUAGAAGAAGAAGAGCAAGAAAGGGUGCAGAAAAAAGUUGUGGAGGAUGACGAAAGUGAAGCAGAAGGAGUUCUUGAUCAUUUCCCAGGGGGAUAUCACAUGAAGAAGAAAGGGAGGUUGAAGAAGAAAUUGGCGUCCAGGCUGAGGAUGGAGUUAAGGUGGAAGAGCCCUGCACCGGCCAUGAGUUACAUGUGAUAUCUCCGCCAAACUUCGAGGAACUGCUUAGCAAGGACCAAUUUGCAGUGUCUCUUUGCCAGACCAAGUCCACGUCGACAUUGGUCCCUCUUGGUGGACGCGAUGGUGGUAAAUCUAUGCUGUCAUAUCUAGUUUGGGGCAAUGAGACGAGAGAAGAGAAGAAGAGGUCUCGAGGGUGGAGACGUUAUCUGCAUCAAGUGCACGAGCAUCCAUCACCUGUCAUACCACAUGCUCGUGACUUAAGACUCCACCUCAUCGACGAGAACCUAUACUUCAAGGAUGUUUUGGGGUGGACCGAAACUUAGGAGCCAUCGGCCGGCUCACGACAUGAAAGAAGCGUUUGUUGGGAGGCAACCCAACCAGUCGGUUUGCAUUUCUUUCUCUUUUUCUCCUCGGUUGAGUCAGUUUUGUUAUUUGAUUUUAGAGUCAAUAACUCAACCUUUGUGAU